CUAGAAGUGCUUGAUGUUGAGGCUGCUCGCGUUGUCUCGCUACUUGUCGUCCCUGGUGGAGUGUUUGAUGUGCUUGCUGUGGCUCCGCUAGAGCUGGUUGCCUGUGCAGUGCUAGAAGUGCCUGUACUAAAUACCGGUGGUGCAGUGCUUGCUGUUGUAACUGCCCCGCUACUAGUUGCCGGUGGUGCAGUGCUUGAUGUGCUUGCUGUGGUUCCACUAGAGGUGGUUGGUAGUGCAGUGCUAGAAGAUCCUGCCGUUGUAAGUGCCUCACUACCCGUUCUCCGUGAUGCAGUGCUUGAUAUUCCUGCUAUGAUUUCACUGGUGCUGCUGUCUGUAUUUGUGAAAGCCGCUAUUGUUGCUCCUGGCAUCCUACUUGAAGAAGUGUACACCAUUCUUUUUGCUGAAGUAGUUUGA